UUUCUUAGUCAGCAAGUUCUAAUUUUAAAAGCUGCAAGGGGGAGAAGAACAAAUUGAUUCCUACCCUUUCCUAUGCGGUAUAUAAAACACAACCCCUUGAUGAUCUAGCAGAAAAAAACAGAGGAGCCGCAAAAGGAGGCACGAAUUCCAACACAAAAGGGUUUGUGUCUCCGGUUACGACAUUGAAAGAGCAUUAUAAAACAUGGAGUUUGAGAGCAAUGAUUCAAACUGGGACGGGGUAUACUACUACCCACAACUAUUUGGUGGUGUUAUGCUAACAGCCGCAGUACUCGGUUUAUCGACAAGUUAUUUCGGUGGUACAAUGGGGUUUCCCACAUUACCGUAUACGUUACCAUACUUGAACAAUCUUCAAAAGAAAAAAAGAGAAAAAAGAAAAGUUAGGGUUUAUAUGGAUGGGUGUUUUGAUCUUAUGCAUUAUGGGCAUGCUAAUGCUUUGAGACAAGCUAAAGCUUUAGGCGAUGAGUUGGUGGUUGGACUUGUAAGUGAUGAAGAAAUUGUAUUGAAUAAAGGCCCACCCGUUUUAUCCAUGGAAGAAAGGCUGGCUCUCGUUAGCGGAUUGAAGUGGGUGGAUGAAGUUAUUGCCGAUGCACCGUAUGCAAUUACUGAAGAUUUUAUGAACCGUUUAUUUAACGAGCAUAAAAUUGAUUAUAUCAUUCAUGGUGACGAUCCUUGCCUACUUCCUGAUGGAAGUGACGCGUAUGCCCUUGCAAAAAAGGUUGGUCGUUACAAGCAGAUUAAGCGCACCGAGGGCGUCUCUAGCACCGACAUUGUAGGAAGAAUAUUGGCUUUUAUAGAGGAUAAAAACGCAUGUGACGGUUCACAGGAGUCAUCUCGGAAUGAUGAACCUAAUGGAAUGAACAAAAGUGUUGAAAAAUCUAAACAUGCGUCUAAUUUUCUGCCUACAUCAAGAAGAAUUGUGCAGUUUUCGAAUGCCAAGGGGCCUGGGCCGAAUGCUCGUGUGGUGUAUAUUGAUGGAGCAUUUGAUUUGUUUCAUGCCGGGCAUGUUGAGAUCUUGAAGAGCGCUCGACAACUAGGAGAUUUUCUACUUGUGGGUAUUUAUACAGAUCAAAUUGUGAGUGAACAAAGAGGGCCUCAUUUCCCGCUUAUGCAUUUGCAUGAACGCAGUCUUAGCGUUUUGGCGUGUCGGUAUGUUGAUGAGGUCAUCAUUGGUGCUCCUUGGGAGAUCACUAAGGACAUGAUUACGACUUUCAAUAUCUCAUUGGUUGUGCAUGGAACAGUUUGUGAAAGCAAGUCUUCAGUCAAUGGCCAGGCAGAUCCUUAUUCAGUCCCGAAAAAUAUGGGCAUUUUCAGAAUGCUUGAGAGUCCGAAAGACAUCACCACAACCUCUGUGGCUCAAAGAAUAAUAGCCAAUCAUGAAAUCUAUGAGAAAAGAAAUGCAAAGAAGGAAGCUAGUGAGAAGAAGUUCUAUGAAGAAAGAAAGUACAUAUCGGGAGAUUAAUUAAUUAUUUAAUUAAUUUGUUAUCGUAUACUACACAUUAGUGACCUACAUCUAGACAGAAGAAUCAUUUUUUAUAUGUUUUGUAGUUUUUAUUUUUAUAGAACCUCAACAAAUUGAAACAUGGAUUUGAAAUGUAUGAGUUGUGUUUCUCUAAAUAAAUUUUGAUAUACAAUGAGAUGUAACAUAUUAUUUUUCUUCAAUUA